AAAGAAUUCAAUGCAACAAUUGCAAAAUUGCAAUUUCACUAUCUAGUGUAGUCUUAGAGUAGUUAAAAAGACAUGGUCCAUCAUAAUCACAGAGAAGAGCGAAAGCGCAGGCGCUAAUAGGAAAGGAAGACAAGAUGAAUGCAGAAGAAGUGAUAUCUAAACUCAAAGAUGAUGGCGAUUUCGACCGCCUCCGUCUCAAAAUCGUCCGUCAGCUCAAGCAAAACGAAACCUUGCGGAACAAUAUCAUUUCUGCAGUUAAGCAGUCUGCAGCACUGAAUCGUCCUGGUGCAGAAAAUAUGAUACCUAGGCAGCUUUGUGAUGCAAUUCAUGAUGAGAUUCGUGAAAACGUAAUGAAUCAAAUUUCAGAAGGUUUAUGGGAGAUUAUUCGAUCUGGGGACAGCAUGAAAACUGAAAUAAGAGAGACAGUGCAGUCAGUCUAUGAUAAACUACUGAAUCCUCAUCGAAAAAUCGAGACUGAAUCAGCUUCUUCCUCGGGUCAAGCGUCAGGAAAGGAACAAAUUGAAUCAAGUGGUUCUGUCAAAGCUUCUGGAGACUAUAAUGGUACAAUGUCUGAUGGAAAUCAUAUAGAUUCUCGAGGUUGCUUUCAGCACAAUCAUACAGUAGCAAACAAUCACAAUUCAGAAUCUGAAACACAACAGUCUCAUCCUAGUAAUAAGUCUGAAGAACUUACGAGAGGACCUCGUAACGAUGUUGAUCCAUCACCAAAGAAAGAUGGUUCUAGUCCUCCUCCUAGUUUUUCAUCAUCUGGAAAGCACAAGCGAGCUUCUGAUGCCGAUGAUGAGGAUCUUGAUAUUCCGCCUGGAUUUGGUUGAUCGGUCUGGUGUGGUUCUCUUUCAACACUGGCUAAUUUGAGAUGAUUUGUUAAUGAAGCAUUUUUGUUACAGAAACUUCUUGUAAAGUCUACCUUUAUUGUUAAAUGCUGUUGUAGAAUUAAUAGAGAAAUUGUAGUUCUCUAGGGUAGACAUCAAUAUUGUAACAAUCUUUUUAUUUAAUCUAAGCUUGUUCAUUUUCCACUA